CUUAUCGAAAUCAAUAACCAUCGCGUCCGCCCGCGCGGCAGGAAUUUCUAUCAAUCAAUUUGGCGAGAGAAUGCCUGCCUGCGGCGCAAUCUGUCAAUAUGAACGAUACGACAACUGCUCUGCUCACGGAACACUUUAGUUACACGCCUUUGUCUCUAAUAGAUGAUAUUAUCAACUCCAUCAACAAUCUCAUCUACCAAGCCAUUUCCAGUCUCGAGUCCGGACUUCUGUCGACCCCUCCGGAACGCCUGGGCUUCUCGCACACCAACGUUGGAUCCACUAUCCCUGACACCGAUGCGGAUGGAAACGUCGAGUAUCCUGAGGCAAAAUUAGAAAUAGAGAAUGGGCUCCAUCAGCUGGAGACACUGUUAGAGGCGACGGUUGACAAGGCGUUUGAUAAAUUCGAAAUCUACGUUCUACGCAACAUCUUGACGGUGCCUGAGAAUUUGGCAGGAUGGAUCAGACUUCGACAUUAUGAGAACCUCUCAUUCGACAACUUAUCAUCACCGAAUGCGCCCACUCCAGAGUCGAUAAAUGUCCAAAGAAAAAAGCUCCAUGAGACCAGAAAACUACAACGAGCCUUGAAGCAAGAGUCUGCCCGCAAUGAAGCAAUCAUCGCACAACUACGAUCCAUCAUUUCAAGCGCGGAAGCAACAACCACGAAACAAGCAGCCAGCAGCGCUGACUCUCAGGAUUCCCGACCAACUCGAGACCCCAAUCUCCCUGACCUUUCAUUCCUAACUUCCGACCCCGCCGCGACGCAGCUGAAGGUUGGAAGUGGAGCAGAGUCGGGAACCAGCAAUCAUCUCACCACGCACGCCACAUUCAUACUAUCUCAGCUGCCAGCGCUCCGUAACAUGCUCAAUCAGCUUCGUCCUCGGCUAGCCACAUUGCCCAAGUCGGCCGAUGAUAUGGAACUUGAUAGCAGGAAGGCUGAACGACGAGCCUACAUCGAGAGCAGAAUCAGACUCCACCUGGAGAGGGCAGGAGAACUCGCCAUGGACGAAGGGAAUAUUGUCCUGGCAGGUAGAAAGAUCAGAGCUAAUGAAGCGCAAGCUGUGGAGAAUGUUAUGGGAAUGCUUGUGGAUGACGAGAAGAAGAAUUCUUCAUAGUGGAACGAUCCUACAAUUUUUACACCAUGGUCAUGAUUCUUUGGGUGUCCAUAGGCGCUUUUUGGUUCCGCGAUUACGGCAAGGUUUGUUUACGGAGUUCUGCCUGGAUGUCCCUAUACCUCUGCAUGAGCUAAGGACGGUGGGACCGAUGACUUUAUA